AUGGCGUCGUCUGCCGCUAAAAUGUCCGCGGGCAGGGAUUUCAUGAACAUGCUCCAGAAUACAACUUACCAGCCCAGCGGACCUCGCGAUGGCUUCAUACCCGCGGUGUCCUUCGAAAACAUACAGGACACUGACCAUCGCAGGACCGAUUACCGAGACGACGAAUCUAUAGUCACGACGCUGCCACAGUCUGAGCGGGACGAAGCCAUCAGGCGCGACGGUGAAGCGGAAUGUGCAUGCACGGGCUGGUUCAAGCGCAUGGUUCUUUCGACGCCUGGCUUUCCCUCCCCCAUCGUCCGCCCGCCCAAGAUCGUCUACGAAGUUCGGGAUGUUGUCGGUCGCGGAUUGGGGGUCUACGCCACCGAAGACAUCCAGGCAGGCGAUCUGAUCACCGCAGAGCGACCGUUGAUUGUCAAGAUGGCGAUGAACUCGGCGCGCGCCCGGUCAGACCUCAGUCCUGAGGAUAUUCUGAGAGCAACGUUUGCUAACUUGGAGAGGAGCAUGGAGCUCCUCUGCUCGCGCAUGUCUUCAGAGACCCUUAGGAAGUACACGUCCUUGUAUAACAGUCACAAGACGGAUGGCUCCGGGCCACUCACUGGAAUCUUCCGCACUAAUGGAUUCAACGUUGGCGUUAACGAUCCUGCAAUACCCGGUGUUGAUGCAGCCAAUGGCGUGUACUCAUGCGUGGGUGCUCUCUCUUCGAGGUACAACCACAGUUGCUUGCCGAACGCCUCUCACGAGUUCAACAUGCCCAGCUUCUCUAUGGAGAUUCAUGCCGUUCGGCCAGUCGCGAAAGGCGAAGAGAUCACGGUCUCUUAUACAGAUCUGUCAGCCACCGCCGCAGAAAGGCAGGCCCAGUUGAAACCGUACGGCUUUACCUGCACUUGCAUGGCGUGCAAGGACCCUGGAGUGUGGGAUAAGGAACGCGCUCGCGCCAUACUCGACUUGCUUCCCAAGACGUCCCAAGGUGUUCAGCACGCCGAGGCAGCUCUGGCCGCUUUCGAAGCCACUGGCCUUCAGACCGCUCCGCGUUAUAUCGAGCUUCUCAACCGUGUUGCGCAGAUAAACCGCAAGAAGGGCAGGAAGAGUCGCGCCGACGAGCUCGAGUCGUUGGCCCAGAGGGUUAGUGUCGCACAGAACGGCCGCGCGCAUAAGCCCAAGGCCGAGUCAGACGUCAAGAACUACAUGUUCGGCUCUCCGGACGAGCUGCUGAAGUUCAUGAUGCAGCACGGAAACGAGACUGAGCGCGCGAGCAUGAUGAAGGCGUUCAUGCAGAUCGCGAACCCAGAUCCGUCCCAGGGGACGCAGAUCAUAGGGCCGGAUGGAAAUGCGAUGACGAUGUACGCCUCGGACUUCGUUCCUCGUCCCAGUGGCCUUUAG